UUUUUAUUUUACCUUUCUAUAAAUACAUAGUACAUGUCAUGAAAAAGGCAAGGCUAACACUAGUUGGUGUUUAUUUGAUUGAAUGUUGGUGAGGUAAUAGAAGAGAAACAGAAACAGUGGAAGAUGGAAAUGGAAGGAGCGAUGGGAUUGAUGAGAAGAAUGCCACCAAAACACUCUGAAACUGCUCUCUCCGCUCUUCUCAGCCUCCUGCCCCACCACUCCUCCGAUCUCCUUUCUCAAAUCGAUCAGCCUCUUCAGGUUUUAUGUGAUGCUGAUAAUGCAAAGGAAUUCAUCUUAUGUGAGUACAACAGAGAUGCAGACUCAUACAGAUCGCCUUGGUCAAAUACGUAUCAUCCUCCAUUGGAAGAUGGGAUGUAUCCAUCACCAGAAUUGAGGAAGCUAGAAGUCGAGGCUAAUGAAGUGUUUACAGUAUAUCGUGACCAGUAUUAUGAAGGCGGUAUUUCAUCAGUCUACUUGUGGGAAGAGGAUGAUUGUGAAGGCUUCGUGGCCUGCUUCCUGAUUAAAAAAGAUGGAUCAAAAUAUGCACAUGGUAAAAGGGGUUAUCUGCAUGAGGGUGGAUGGGAUGCUAUACAUGUUAUCCAGGUUGGACCAGACGAGGAAGGAGUGGCUAAUUACUGUUUGACAAGUACUAUAAUGCUAUCGCUGACUACAGAUAGCGACACAUCUGGCUCGUUUAAUUUGUCAGGAUCAAUUAGGCGACAGAUGAAAGCAGAUCUUCCUUUGGAGGAUGGUCAUCUGUGCAAUAUGGGAAAGAUGAUAGAAGAAUUGGAGGGAAAACUGAGAAAUCAGCUCGAACAGGUAUACUUUGGGAAAACAAAGGAGAUGGUAUGCACGUUGUUACCUCCUUCUGAACUGCUGUCUAUGUCAUUGCCCAACAGCAGAAAACCAUAACAUGUGCUGCUAUGGGAAAUUGUUAUGAAACUCCCGUGAGAGAUUUUCAAGUUGUUUAUGAUGUUUCUAGUUUAUGCAUUGUUAUUUGCAUAGGGUAAAACUUUGAUGUUUUGGGUUUUUUGUGCUAGAAUCUCAACAGAUAUAUGUAAUGGAGAUAUUGUUCAUCAUGGUUGUGAGUUGUGACUGGUAAAUGGUAAUAUAUGAUUUGGAUGGAUUCUAUUGAUA